AUGUCAGCACAGAACAACGAGGGCACGCCCAACGUGGCAUUCCAGAACGAGGCCAAGUACCCACACCAGACGACGGACUUUCGCGGGCCAGGAGCGUCGGCAGAGAACCCAGCUGGCGCCUUCCCGCGUGACUUGCGACAGCCCGAUCCGGAUCCGAUCGAGGCCCACCGUCCCAAAUCCACCAUCUUCCAGGCCAUCGAAAACCCCUACGCCCUCCAGGAGGCGUUGAACAAGCUCGAAUCCGCCCUCGACGACAUCAUCGGCAUGUUCCAGGCCGAAAAGAACACGCUCGCGAGAGAGGGCGGCUUUUCCAAAGGCAAAGAAGGAAUCGAACUGUUCGAAUCGUGGAAGCAGGAGUUGGAGCGCAUCAAGGCCGGUCAGGAGUAA